AUGGCUCCCAACCCGUCGUGCUCUGCUCUCGCCGCUGCGAAGGAUAAGAAGGGUGAGCUGAUCAUCAUACCACAUCCUGAUCGCGACCUUGCUGAACAGCCUCUCUCCCGCGGUCCUCCUUCUCGUCGGAUGAAAUUCUUCCCACCAGGUCUUUCCUACUCCCAGAUCGCUUCCCAAAUCGGCGUCUCAGAGCAGCGUGUCAUUGACAUCUGCACCGGGAGCUCCGCCGCGACCACAGCGGAGUUCGAUUCGCUCGCGAAAGUGCUCGACAUCAAGUCUCAGGUUCCUCAGGAUGCGGCUCACACCCGGGCUUGA